AUGCCAAUUGCUUUCCGUCGUUCUUUACGGCCAACAGUAAUCACCAAAUCACGUUGUUCACGAAAGUAUCAUGCAACACAAAUAGUACGGGAGGAGAAAAACAUAGAGAAUGUAGCUGAUAUCAUGACAGAUGAUAAUUUGGAAAUUGACGAACAAAAAGACCAACAACCCAUACAACGUGAUCGAAGGUGGAAGGUGAAGGCAUGGCUCCAAGAGCAAGAGCAGCGACUUGAAAUCUUGCGAGGGUCAAAAUACCUCGCCGGCACCAAUCCAUUCCCAAUGAACCCCCUUUUUAAACCUCAACCGCCCGUAUCAGAUGCAAAACGCGAGGAAAUAUACCGACUUUUCGUCGAUGAUCGGCUCACACCCCGUAAUAUUGCUGAUAAACAUGGAAUCUCUAUCAAACGAACAGAAGCAAUAUUAAAAUUGAAAGAUGAAGAAAAAAAGCUCAUGAAAAAGGGUGUAGUAUUGCAGCGGGAUCUUCAAACUAACAUGGAGAAAAUGCUCGGAGUUGAAAGUCUCACAAGGGCCAUUGAACCAUUGAGCACAAUUAUUCCAAAAGUAAAGAAACCGCGAUUUCAACUCAUCGAAGAAGGCUCUAAAUUCACACCGGAUGAUGCUGCGCGAAUAUUAGGACGUGAACCGCUUGAGCAAAUACAACAAAGACAGCUCGAGCAUGAGCAUUGUUAUCCAUUUUCACUCGACGAUACCAAAAAGAAGGAUGCUUUUCGCACUAUCAAGAAGGACGAUUGUGAGACAAAUAAGAGGUUCAAAUUUGUUUUUGUUGAUACAGAGAAAAAGAAAACUUUGAUACGUGAACAGGAUGGGACAUUGCUUGAGAAAGUUGACGUUGAUUCUGACAUGGCCAUUGCCAAUAAAAAUAGUAAAACGGGUUUAUAA